AUGACGAAUAUCAAUCGAAAACUGCUCAGAAAUAGUAUGAGUACGAACGAAUCGAGUAGUUCCUCGUUGGGUGUCAUGCAACCACAAACGUCACAAAUCUCUCCUCGAAUCGUCAAAAAUCCAAAGAAAGUGACAAAAUUCUAUCGAAAACAAUCCGAUUUAAUGGAGAACUUCAAACGAGACAGCUCCAUCAUUGAGGAAAGCCAACGUCGACGGCAAAAAGCUCGCUCGAUAUCUCGAUCGCCGCCAUUGGACGAUAAGGAUUUGGAAUCAGGAAAACUGUUAUCGAACGGGGACACGGUGAUUGACACUGAUGAGGAGAAUAAAGAUGAACUGAAUAUGCUACAAGUACAACCCCCGGCACAUUCAUCUUGCUUUAAACGCCAGAGCAGUAUACUUUCGUUGAAACGUCCAGCCGAAAUGGACAAAGCAGCGCGAUGCCUGGCAAUGGCCACUCUAAUGGUCAACAUAUCGCUUGUCAUUUCCAAGUUAUGCGCUUGGGCAGCCAGCAAGUUCUGGAUCUAUUUGGACCCGAUCGGUGCAAUAAUCGUUUCGAUUUACAUCGCCACAACGUGGUACUUUACGGGUAAACAGCACCUGGCGAUGCUGUCCGGUAAAUCUGCUGAACCGGAAUUUAUUAACAGGAUUGUUAAGGUGUGUGUAGAGCACGACCCCCGGAUCGACUAUAUCGACACAGUGUACGUGUAUCAUUUCGGUUUGCGGUUUCUGGUUGAGGUGCAUGUAGUCAUGGAUGCGUUGAUGACACUGAAGACUGCGCAUGACAUCAGCGAGUCCUUGCAGACCAACAUCGAGAGCUUGGAAGAGGUCGAAAGGGCGUUUGUUCACUGCGAUUACGAGUUUAGUCAUAUGCCGACCGAUGAACAUAAGGUUGUGUGA